AUGCCACCCACUGCCCAACUUCUCUUCUUAUGAAAAUGCCCUUAUACCUACAACUCACUCGACCAACAAUGUGCCUCACCUAAAUACCAUAAUAAGAAAAGAGCUGGACUCAGCUUACAUUCUUGUGGAUCGAACAGGUUCAGUUCAAGUUCUGGUUCCUAUUCUCCCACUUAUACAUACUUGUAUAACUGAACUAUACGACGUAUAGAAGGUCCCCACAAGCGGGCCAAUACGAAAAACAGCAUGUCUCUAGAACAAUCUCGACUAUUAAAUGGGGCGGAGGAGACUCGAAUGUCUGCAGCCUCCAGAAUAGCUAGCAAGGAAUCGAGAGAGAAAGCCAGACACAGCUUCGCUUCAUAUUCGACACAAGAAGAAGACCUGACCGACGUAUACACCGAUAUGGACGAGCCAUGCGUGGUCGAAGAAGCUACGGUGAUGGAUGCCAAAGAGGUUACGAUUGAGACCCCGAAACUACCGGAGAAGAGUGCUCUUAGAAUGUCAAGGUUUUUGGACAACCUAAAGCGCAACUCGAUCACCGAAUCACUUAGCGACCCGCACGACGUCUAUCUUUCCUCGGAAGAAGAUGCCUCUUCAUCUGCCGACGACUUCUCUGACUAUGACUCCGACUCCGACUUAAACAGCAACGGAUCUGAGAAAUCGCCACAACGACGAGGCAGUCACGAAGAAAGUGCAAGGGCAGUGUCGGUAAUAUUCGUUGGAAGACCUUGCGUCGUGGACUUGGCGAGCGGUAGGAGAUCGGUUUCUCCCAUUCGAAGACCUAGAUCGAUGAUGCCCUCUUCGAUCCGACAAGACAUAUUCGCGGACCGGCCAGAACACCCACCUCGGAAGAGCAGCCUUGCAUCCACAAUAGAUCUACCCAAGGAGAACCCGUCAUUCCUUAGCCAAGAUCCCUUUGCUACGAGCAAUUACAGAAUAGAGUCGAUCUCAAGAGGACCGCCACCAGCUAGCAUUAGCCCCCGUCCGAAGACACCUACAGCAGCAUUUCACCGGUUCCAGAAGUCAUUGAGUCUGGUCCGAAAGCGUAGCCGUCCUAACCUGAAAGAUGCCGCCUCCAGAGAUAGUCUUAGUUGGCCACUCGGAUCUGGAUCUGGAUCAGUCUCAACUACCGACCUACUUAGUUUGAACUCGUCACGAACUUCUGAAGAUGAACAGCAGCAACCUAGGAGACCUCGAGUAGUAUCGGCUGCUACGAUGCCACCUGAGAUAUCAGCAAUUACCAAGGACUGCAUAAGGUCUAGCCGGAGGGAUUCACUGCCGAGACUACUCACCAAGCAACCUCCCCAACCCGUAUCGCCGAGUCCAGCCACGGCUAAAAGGGGCUUACUAAGUGGCUUAAAUAUGAACCGGCGGCGAAGCUUACGGAUCAAGCCAUAAGACAAUCACACCCCCCUAUCAUUCAUCAUUCAUCAUUCAUCAUUCAUCAUUUUCCCAUUAUCAUCAAUCGAGGAGUUCGGCAUUAUAUUUGGGGGCAGGCGUUACAAACACAUUGAGGAGUUAGGGUCCACGGCGCAUAAUCACUACUGCACACGGGAACAUGGGUUGAUUUUCGGUGGGAUGGGAGAAGAGAAUAAUAUGAUACCUUGGGCAAAAUCUACUAACGAGUAACGGCCGCGGGGUAUAGGUUAUAGGAGGUUGGGAGGUUAAGCAGCAAUUGGCUGACGUCUAUUAAGACUACCAUAGUGAGCAUCGCUCAGCAUGAAUGAUACCACGAAAUGAAUUUUCUUGAUUUCACUCAU